ACAGGAGGCUGGAGCUGCAGCACUGCAAGUUCAGCCAGUGACAGUCUACACAGCCUUCCACUGAAAAGGGGAUUUCACUCUGCACCUGCCAAAGACCGACCCUGUUCCCUUUCACCUCCAUUCUCUCCUUCUUCUUUUCCUCUCCCUCUUACGUUACCUUCUAAAGUAUCCAGGCAGACAUGAACCUAGGAAUUCAAUGAUUGCCAAGAAGCCAGCACAAUCCCUGCUUUCUCCUAGGCUCCCUAUGCUCUUUGUGCAACAUCCAGCUUGUGUUGCAGAAAUGUCCAUAGGCAGCCAAUGCUGUUUGGAUGCAGGAUCAAACAGACCUGAUUUGUGACAGCACACUGGGUCCCCGGCAGGAGCUGCUGCAAGGAGAUACCUGGAUCCUACUGUAAGAGAACUUAUCCUGAGCCAAUGGUUUUGAGAAUCCUGCAGAAAUGGAUAGUCCUCCUGCUGUAUCCUGGGGUCAGCUCACUGAGGAUGGGGAGUAGAGCUGUGUGUUCUCCAGCCCAGCAUUCCGGAUUGUCUUAUUUAUCUCAUAAAUUCAUGCUUCCCCCCCGCUAAUUUUCCCUACCUACAUUCCACCGACUCCUGCAGUCCACAUCCAUAAUCCAUUUAUUAAAUGUCCCUUUUGCAAUAAGGCUGCACAGAAACUGUAGACUUCUUUUUAUGACCUCUUUAUUGUUUUAUGCUCUUAUUUAUAAAUAUGAUGUUCAAUCUAGUAGCUUAGCAGGGAAUACUGUGUUUACGUCCUGGUUUUAUUUAUAAAUCUAAUAUUAAGCCUAAUAGUUUAGCAGGGAUUACUUUGUAAUCUUGAAAUUAUUUUGUAUGUGUCACGGAGCUUUUUCUGUGAAAGAGCUUUUUUUUUUUUUUUUUUGUAAGUUUAGUGCGGAGAAAAUAAAAUAAAGGUGCAAGUGUUCUACAGCUUGCCAGGAUGAAGAUGAUUUUAGUUCGCAAGUUUAGGGUGUUGAUACUGAUGGUGUUUUUAAUUGCUUGCACAAUGCAUAUUAUGAUUGAUUUACUACCAAAGCUGGAAAAGAGAGCUACAAGGAGUGAUGGAGAGGUAGGCUGCUCCUGUACUCACAAUCUAAAUGAUGACACGCAGGGCUGGGUGAAACAGAGACCCAAAAAUACAGCUGAAUCAGGAUGGCCUAAUAAACAUACAUUGAGGAUUCUCCAGGAUUUCAGCAGUGACCCCAGCUCCAAUCUCACUUCUCAUUCAUUAGAGAAAAUCACUGGAAUAAUGGACAAAAACGAGUCUUUUAAAAAACUGGAGCACCGACAAAUUGGGAAAGACUUAAACAGUAAGCAGCUGAUCCAAGAUGGGAGCAUACACAAGCCAAAGUCUGGGCUUGGGUACUCUAGGUUGGCAGCCCUCUUUCAGCAUCCUUUAUUCAAAGGUGCUAUUCCUGAACUCACUGAAGAUGAUGUGUUAUUUAAUGUGAACAGUGACAUCAGAUUUAACCCCAAAGCUGCUGAAAAUCAGGAAUGGCAAAAUGUAGCAAAUGAAGGUAACGAGGAGGGAGAAUUCUUGCCUACUGGAGAAGCUCAUGUAGACUCUUAUCCAAACUGGUUAAAGUUUCACAUUGGAAUCAAUCGGUAUGAGUUAUAUUCCAGGCACAAUCCUGCCAUAGGAGCUUUACUGCAAGAUCUGAGCAGCCAGAAAAUCACUAGUGUUGCAAUGAAAUCUGGAGGCACCCAACUCAAGCUCAUUAUGACUUUCCAAAAUUACGGGCAAGGGCUAUUCAAGCCUAUGAAGCAAACAAGGGAACAAGAAACACCUCCUGACUUUUUCUACUUUUCAGACUAUGAGCGUCACAAUGCUGAAAUUGCUGCUUUUCAUUUGGACAGGAUUCUCGAUUUUCGCCGUGUACCACCUGUCGCUGGCAGACUGGUGAACAUGACCAAAGAAAUAAGAGACGUUACGCGGGACAAGAAACUGUGGAGAACGUUUUUCCUUUCCCCAGCAAACAACAUUUGUUUCUACGGAGAAUGCUCUUACUACUGUUCAACAGAACAUGCCCUGUGCGGAAAGCCAGAUCAGAUAGAAGGCUCCCUGGCAGCCUUCCUCCCAGACUUGUCUCUCGCUAAGAGGAAAACAUGGAGGAAUCCGUGGAGGCGCUCCUACCACAAACGCAAAAAAGCAGAAUGGGAAGUUGAUUUUGACUACUGUGAAGAAGUCAAGCAGACUCCGCCCUAUGACAGUGGCACAAGACUACUAGAUCUCAUCGAUAUGACUGUGUUCGACUUUUUAAUGGGAAAUAUGGAUCGUCACCAUUAUGAGACCUUUGAGAAGUUUGGAAACGAAACGUUUAUUAUUCAUCUGGAUAAUGGACGAGGAUUUGGAAAGUAUUCCCAUGACGAGCUGUCUAUCCUGGUACCGCUGAAUCAAUGCUGCAGGAUCAAGAAGUCUACAUACUUGCGAUUGCAGCUCCUAGCAAAGGAGGAAUACCAGUUGAGCAAAAUGAUGGAGGAAUCCUUAGAAAUGGAUAAAAUAACCCCAAUCCUCUACCAGCCACAUCUUGAAGCGAUGGACAGAAGGCUCCGAAUUAUCCUGAAAGCUAUCGGUGACUGCAUAGAAAAAGAUAGCUAUGAUACUGUAGUCGAAAAUGACUUGGACUCCAAUCUGAGCAACAAAACGACUAAGAGGUAGUGACGCAGAAUGCCACUUUCCCCAACCAAGAAAACUUAGUCUUGCCGAAGACUGCGAAUGCUCCUCUGUGAAUUCAGUGAAUUCAGAUUUAAGGUUUAAUUGUUCCCACUGUAGAAAAUCUAUAGAAACCAAGAAGGAUUAGAUAACGUGUCUGUAACAUAAGUAGAGUUUAUUUGGAUGUGCGUAAGAGAAUACGGUCAAAGACCUAUGGAAAUGGUUUUGGGUUCUAAGCAUAUCCUAAUCUUUUUUGUACAGAUAGGAGGCCUUUAUUUAAAAAUGAAAAUUAUUUUGUAUUUAUAUAUGGUAUAAAUAUAUAAAAUGACGACCUACCUACAGUACCACUUUUUGGAGAAAAAAGGGACAGUAUAGUUUUGAUUACCUGUGGUGCUGACUUGACUAUACCACACUGACGCCUUCAAGAUGACUUCAAUCCGUUAACUUGAGCAUACUGUAUUUCCUGCAAAUUGGUGUUUCUGGGGGUCUUAAAUCCAAAGUCUUAAAGGUGGAGGGUUCAUGGUGAUAAUCAUUGACAUUAGCUACUUAUCUGUAAGACACAAGGGCAUGACUUUCUAGAUCAGAGAAGGAAAACCAUGGGCACUCAAGCUAUUGUUGAUUCAGUGCUUCCAGCAUGCUCUGCCAAUCGCUGACUGGCCAAGCAUCCUGGGGAGGGGGAUAUAGUUUACUAUAAAAUGGAUAUCAGCAGGUAACCUAGCUCUGCUCUUGUUGUUUGUAGCCAGGUAGCUGCCUUCCCAUGUUUGCUUUUACUAUAUUUGUGUAAAUAUUGUAUAUACAUACAUGGAUAAUAGCUGCAUUGUGCGGCUAUCAGCUUCAUUUUGCAGCGUUUUUGUGAUUUGUUUGCAGCGUGGUAAAAGUGCAAUAAAAGAUACAGCAAAUAAGUA